AGUUGAACUAAGAUCCUCGAAAAGGUUGGCUUUGCAUCAAACUGGGUGUGUGGUUUAGACGGUAACUUCCUUCAUCCAGUUCUUGUCUCUACUCUUGACUCUGUUCUCUUCCUACUUAAACCCUUAAACCCUACCGUUAUCAACCAAACCCUUCCGACCCAACGUCAAAAUUUGGCGGGAAAAUCAGUAAGAAACCCUUGAUUUCGUCAACAUCAAUUUCUCAUGCAAUCAACUCUUUACUAUACACCAUCAAUUUCUCAUCAUUUCCCGCUCCCAUGGAAAUGUCCAAAAAACCUCACUUCCGGAUCCCACAAAUUCUCUUCAAAAAUCCUAACUUUAGCCAAUACAAUAAGAACCCAAAUCACCUACGAGCUUGAUGGAGGACUAAACGAAGGGCCAGCGCCGUCAAACCCGGCCCAGCUCCCGAUUGAGAUACGGAGGUACGGAAAAGUUACAAGGUACUUCUGGGAUGGGAACCGUGUUUUGUUGCAUAGCGUCGAUGGCGGCGGUGGCGCUGCGGCGUCAUUUUUUUUCAAUUUUGAUAAGGUGGUUGAAGUUUCUAGCUUGGCUGUUAGGAACUUUUUUAUUCCUAAACAAGUUAGUGAAAAUUAUAUGGGAUAUGUAAAGUGGAAGUUUUUACACAGGGUUUUUAGCUCUGCUCUUCAAGUUCUUGCUACUCAGGCCAUGUUUCGGGCUAUAGGAAUUGGAUAUUCUCGUUCACUUCCAUCAGCUGCUGCCCUUAACUGGGUAUUGAAGGAUGGACUUGGACGGCUAAGCAGGUGCAUCUAUACAGCUAGCUUGGCAUCUACUUUUGACACCAAUUUGAAGGGGGUUAGGUUUUCAACAUCCCUGUUGUUCACUUUGAGCAUUGGAGUUGAGCUGCUCACGCCGAUAUUUCCUCAGCACUUCUUGCUUCUUGCAUCUUUAGCCAACAUUGCAAAACAAAUGAGCUUGGCGUGCUAUAUUGCAACCAGUUCUGCUAUUCAUCGCAGCUUUGCAAUAGCGGAUAACCUUGCUGAAGUUUCUGCAAAGUCACAGAUUCAAUCAGUAUGCUUUGAUAACCUUGGUCUCAUGCUUGCUGCUGCUUUGAAUAUGUUGCUCAAGAACAAUCAAAGAUUGCAAACAGGCCUACCUUUCAUUCUAUACCCAUUCUUCUCAAUAAUUGACCUCUUUGGAAUAUAUCAGGGGCUCAAGCACGUCCAUCUCCAAACCUUGACUAAGGAUAGACUUGAAAUCAUACUUGAUACAUGGAUUGCAAUGGGAUAUGUGCCUUCACCUGAAGAAGUGAGUAAAGAAGAAAACAUCAAUUUUUUGUGGAGAAAAGGCAAAGAGCCAUGGCGAAUCAGGAUGGGGGGCUUGAAUCCCAAGGGUCAAUUACCUAAAUUAUCGAUGAGUGCAAUGCAGUCUGUAAGAAACGAGGAUUAUUAUUUCAUAUGCAUGGAGAUCUUCUACCGUGGACUGCCAAGAACUAGAGAGCAAGGCAUCCUUCUUUGCUUACGUGAAGGGGCUCGCACAGCUGAUGUUAUCAUGGGAUUGUUGCAGGCAUGCUAUGUUCGCAAGGCCCUCCAUUCUAGUAGGUUGGAAAGCAUGAUGAAGGCUAGUGAUUCUUCAGACUUCAUUCUCAAAGAAUGGUUUAAACUGAUCGAGGAUAGCAGGCAAUACGUACAGCGAGAGUUUCUCCCGUUGAAUGAACAAAUGGCGGCACUAGGUUGGGCAAUUAAAAACAUUUUGUUGAACGCAGAUGAGCAGGCACGGUAUAGUUACAUAGAUGACUGAAAUAAUUAUUCUUCUGGAUCAGGUUGCUCUCCUUCUACGGUUGGAGAGUUUUGGGUUUGAUCAGUUCGAUUCUCUCAUUUUUGGAAAGCUAGUAAUACACAUCAAUCUAGUUACAAUGCAAAUUUGUUUACACAUGAAUGUCAUUGUUUCAUUUUUGUAUUAAACAUUUAUACUUACAUUUAAGGGAUGAAAAUAGAAAAAUGACUUU